UAAUUCUAGAGCCAUUUGUUGUCCUCGCGCUCCUUCUCAAUAAACCUUCUCUUUUACCCAAAAAACAAAAAAGGUGUAAUGAUCUCUUGUAUGUGCAUAUGUCGAAUUUCCUUUUGUACUACCGAUCCGGAUGCCGAUCCCGAUUCUUAAACCAUGUUUAGAGGCGACAUGCUUGAGGAGAAAAAGAUUAAAUUUUUAGUCGUACAGGAGAGGUAAAGCAAAACAGAGUUGCUGAUUGAAUGGGGGCUCUGCGGCUCCAUUCUCUCUAUCUCUUCUUCUCUUCAUCCACAAGAGCUGCCUCUGCUCUCAUCCGUUCGUCGCCUUUACAUCGGUAUUCUCAUGGCCGUCUCACUUUCAAGGCGAAACCUUUCACUUCAGCUUCAAGGGACUUAUCCACUCAAGUCACAGCAGAAGCAGAGGCACCAGAGAAUGUAGAGAAGCAUCCAAAGUCAGGGCAAGAGGGGUUCAUCACUCCUCGCUCUCAGGAUUUCAACGCUUGGUAUGGUGAUAUCAUUGCCAAUGCUGAACUCGCCGAUUAUGGCCGAGUUCGUGGCACCAUGGAUAUACGCCCUUACGGCUAUGCUAUUUGGGAAGCUAUUCAGGAUUACUUGAAUGCUAAGAUCAAGGAGACGGGUCAUAAAAAUGUCUACUUUCCACAAGAUGAUGGAUUCCGGUGGAUUCCUCAUGAGCAUAUAAUGAAAGUACCAUGAUGUUGAUUCAGAAAAUCCUUUGGAAACUGUAAUCGAGGUCCCGGCUCUCUGCGGAGGUGAGCUCUAGGAUGAGGAGCUGGUUGCACACGAGGAUGGAUGCGUGUGCGAUGAUUGUGUAUUUGGAGCACUCUGAGGA